AUGCUGGGCCUGCUGAGACGCUCGCAGGUGCGUUUGGCGCUUCGCUCAGCCCCUCGGCGCGGAGGCUUCGGGUCGCCCAAGGAUCAUGAGCCAGCUUGGAUUGAACGUUGGAUGGCCAACAGGCGUGAGGGCCAGGACAACAUGGACUGGUUUUUUCGCGUAUUCAAUUCCACUCGCAUCUACGAGAACUUCCUGAAAAGCUCUCCACGAUUCUACGGAUUCGUUGUCUGGUCAGCGAUCAUCGGCGGGUACUGCUGGAGCCGAAUGUGGGACCACAUUUGGAACUAUGUCAAUCAGGGCAAGCUAUACCGUCACAACCCCUAUGUGUACCCGAUCCCAGAUGAUGACGAGUGA